AUGUAUCAACGAGAUCAGAGUCAGAUGCAGAACGACCCGCACCCAAGGUAUUGUCAGAGAGCGCCAGAGAAGAAGAGAGCCGAUGCUCUUGAUUGUGAACUGUCAGAGCAGACCGAGCUUACCGAGAAAGCUUCCCGUCAAGCAGCAGAAGCUGAGAAUGAAAGCAACCGUCGCCUGGCCGAAUGUCUCGAAAUGGAGACUCGAAGAGCAGGUGGAAAAGGCAUACGCUCAACUAGCGAAUACUACAGUCAACUACAAGCCGCCUACAAUGUGAUUUAUGCCAAGUUGAAACAAAUUGAAACGGAAAAGGCAGUUGUUGAGAAGGAACAGCAGACAGCCAGCUCAUCUACACAUGAUCAAAAUGUCGAGCAUGUGGUGGAUACUAUGAUUUCUGAAUUGCACUUGGAGUCGAUAGUGAGCUCAGUCUUCAGGGCAAAGCUGGAACAGCAUCAUUUGGCGAUCGCUGAACAUCGUCGCACAAACGAAGCUCUCAACGAGCAGCUUCGAUGCCUUGAGGAAGAGACGCAGAAAGCCGGUGGUGAGACUGUGGAUGCGAAAGCACGUCUGAUGCAGUUGGAGGGAGAGCUGGAAUGGAAACAAGACGAGUGCGACAGUUUGCGGAGGAGAGUCAGCGAGUUGCAAGCCGCUAUCGAUCAGCUGGUGGAGCGGAACAACGAAACAGAUGGCAUUGAAUGCGAGCAGAAGGGCUAG